AUGUUUACCAACAAAAUCAGAGUAUUCUUGGAUUCAGCAAAAACACAUUUUUGUAAUUCACAGAAUCUAGAUGUCAAACUGUUUUGUACUUUUAUUCAUAAGCAAGGAAAUGAACAUGGAAGUGCCAUGUCUAAGAAAUCUGUAAAGCCGCAGCCCAGGCCACAGUGUGCCUCUUAUAGCUCCAGGAAAGAGGUGAAAAUCAAGAAAUUCUCUGUGGAAGGGAAUAUUGCUGUUGGAAAGUCCAGCUUCUUGAGAUUAUUAGCCAGCACGUGUCAAGAAUGGAGUUUUAUGGGAGAACCUCUACACAAAUGGCAGCAUGUCCAUUCUUCAUCCAGUCACGGGAUGGAUAAUCUGCUGCAACUAAUGUACGACAAUCCAGCUCGAUGGUCUUAUACCUUUCAGACACUUUCUUGUAUGACUCGGUUUAAAACUCAGAUUGAGUUGUUUUCAGAGCAGUUGCUGAAGCAGCAAGAACCUGUGCGAAUUUUUGAAAGGUCUGUAUAUAGUGAUAGGUUUGUGUUUGCUAAAACUCUCUUUGACCUCGGCCAUUUGAGUGACAUGGAAUGGAACAUGUAUCAAGAAUGGCACACUUUUUUACUGCAGGAGUUUGGGGAGAGGGCUACUCUGGAUGGGAUUUUAUAUCUCCGUGCAACCCCAGUGAAAUGUUUUGAGAGGCUUCAGAAAAGAGCAAGGAAAGAAGAAAAGAGGGUUACCCAACAGUAUCUUGAAAAGUUACAUGACCAGCAUGAAGGCUGGCUGAUAAAUAAGAACACAGACCUUCAUCCUGCACAUUUCAGUAACAUUCCAGUUCUGAUUUUACAGGUUGAUGAGGAUUUUGAAGAGAAUCCUGUAGUUAGUCAGCAUCUCAUUAACCAGGUGAAAGACUUUGUAGCCUCCCUGUAA